AUGUGGAGACGACGUGCCCUUUUGUUACUGCGUUCCGGGACGAGGGCCAAGGGGAAAAUGCAUGAUCAUCUGGACCAUGUCACUGGCUUGGAAAAACGUGAACUGUUAGCCCAUCUCGCCGGCGAUUGCGAUCCAUUCCGAAUAAUGGCAAUUAAAAAAGGUCCGGGUACUUUUGAGUGUCCAAAUCUGAUCCCGAGCGCUUUUGACAAGCGCAUUGUCGGCUGCAUUUGUCACCCAGACACAAACCACAUCGAGUAUAUGUGGCUACAUCGGGGAGAGCCAAAGCGAUGCGGCUGCGGAUACUGGUUUGAAUUAUGCCCAAUUGCUCCACUGUGA